AUGACAGCCUCCCUGGUCCUAAACCCUCGCUGGCCAGCGGAAACGGUAAUGUUUGUGUAUGAUAACAACCUGGACGAUCUGAACAAGAACAUGGAGGGGCUGGUGGGAAGCGGCAACUUCGCUGCAGCCACAGCGGCGAGCCAGUGCCGCAACAUUAUGGCGCAUUCUGCGGCCGCCGCUGCUCUGGGCGGCCACCCGUCCGGUCUGGUGCACUCUUCGGCCGGAUACUCCACAGUGGACGUGUCCGCUUCAGGGUCCAGCGAGAGCGGCGCAUCUUCGGGGAAGCAGUGCGCAGCCGGACCGUGUCCGGCGGCCGCCGUGCCGCACCAGAGCUCCUCCGCCGCCACCGCGUUGCCGUACAGCUACUUUGGUAACGGCUACUAUCCAUGCAGGAUGGGGCGGGGUUCUCUCAAGUCAUGCACCCAGGCGGCCGGAGCCGCGCUCAGCUCGCAGUACAUGGACACGACGGUGAGCUCUGACGAGUACCCGAACCACCGGGCCAAGGAGUUCGCCUUUUAUCACGGCUACCCGAGCCCAUACCAGUCCAUGGCCAGCUACCUGGACGUGUCGGUGGUCCAAACGUUGGGUACCGGGGAGCCGCGCCAUGACACCCUACUACCCAUGGACAGCUACCAGCCCUGGGCUCUGACCAACGGCUGGGGGGGACAGAUGUACUGCUCCAAGGACCAGGGGCAGGCCGGGCACCUCUGGAAAUCCGCUCUGGCUGAUGUGGUGGCGCACCAGCACGACGGCUCGCCUUUCCGCCGAGGCAGGAAGAAGCGGAUACCGUACACCAAAGUGCAGCUGAAGGAACUGGAGAAAGAGUACGCCGCCAACAAAUUCAUCACCAAGGACAAGAGGAGGAAGAUUUCCGCGGUGACCAACCUGUCAGAGCGGCAGAUCACCAUCUGGUUCCAGAACAGGAGGGUGAAGGAGAAGAAGUUCGUCGCCAAAGUGAAGAGUAGCGCGCCAUAG